GCAUAUCCCACACCACCGAUGUCGGCGAGUCCGAUCACGAUCAUGGAGUCGUCGCGUCUCGGGUACCUCAAGCCAUACGAAAUCUUUGUCGACUCGAGUCACGGCGACAUCUACUCGAACGCGUGGCGCGGGCAAAAGGCGCGCACCCCCAAAGACGACUUUGAAGGUCCGCUCCGAGACGGGUCGCCCGUGGACCUCUUUUCGGCAACGCACGCCGGUCUGCUCGUUAGCGCGGGUGUCCUUGGCAUGGUCACGACUCUCUUCACUGUCCUCUCAGCGCCAGCACCCGGCCGCGCCGGCCUCGUCAACAUUGGCUUUUACGCAAAAGUGAUCUUUGCACUGAUCUCGGACAGCGUGCCAUUUCUUGGUUACAAGCGCAAGUCGUACAUGCUUCUCGGGUGGACCUCGAUGGUCGUCGCCUUCUUCAUCCUCUCUGUCGUUGCUCGCGACGAAGAUGCACAUGCAGCUGGUGUCGUCUUGGCAUCGCUGAGCGCGGCGCUCGUUCAGACAGCCUCCGACGGACUCAUGGUCGAGUACGCUCAACGCGAGCCCAUCGAAGCGCGUGGCCGGACACAAAUCACGCUGCUGGCUUUGCACUGGUUUGGCGCGAGUCUCUCAUCGCUGUUGCUCGCGUGCCUCACGGAUGACACCAACGGCCACUUGACGUGGGCGCUCGAUAAGGCGUCUGUCUUGCGCAUCGUGGCUGUUGUCUGCAUUCUCCCCGUGCCGGCACUUCUCUUUUUCGCCAACGAGUCGCGCCUCGCGCCGUCCUUCGAGUUUCGCCGGCGCCACUACAUGUUUGGGCGCUUGCUCCAAAACAAAGCCAUUUGGCAAAUCGCUCUCUUUCAAGCCGGUGCCGGCUGCUGCCUCGCCUUGUCGUCGGUUGCCAAUGGGUAUAGUCCGCUGCUGUGGUUCCGCACCAUCUACCCCUGGAUCGUCCGGCUCGUUUUCUUUGUGCUCUUUGCCUACGCGCUGGCGUACGUGCAAAGCCACGGGCUCUCGUGGCACUGGCAGCGGUCGUUCCUCUUGGCCGCAUCUGCCAACAUGCUGCUGCACGUUCUUCAACAUGCAUCGGUAGUCGAUAAUGCGACCAACUGGGGCGCGGUGACCCUCGUCUGGUUCUCGUCCGUACCCACCGCGAUCCAGUACGUCCUCCGCCACCUCCCGAUGGUCGAGGUUGCGCCGUACGGGUUUGAAGCCACAACGAUUUCACUUCUCUCCACGUCUGGCGAGGUUGUGCAUCCGCUUGUGAUGGCGCUGCAUAAACACUACGCUAGCCCCGACGGCCGCUGGAGUACCACGUCGUUCAACAUCGCCUUGGGGCUCAACGUCCUUGGCUGUCUGUCCGCGUGGUUCCUCCCCAAGCAGCGCAGCGAAUGCAUCUCACUCCGGCACUUUGGCGGCCUUAGCAAGCUUGCGGCGUCGCUCUUGGUCAUUGCGCUGACCUCGCAUCAAGUGACCGCCGCCGUCUUGCAGUGGCCGGGGUCGUCAAUUUCACGUCUCUAGUCAGCUCGUAGCGUAAAAUAGUCAAUAGUCG